AUGAAGUCUCACGGGCCCUUCCUCCUGGUAGACGUGGGCUCCGGCGUCUCCUUCUACAAGGUCUCGGACGGCUCGACGUGGGAACGCGUCGGCGGCACCACUCUCGGAGGCGCCAGCCUCAUGGGCCUCGUCGCCCUGCUCACCAAGGCCAGGAGCCCAGAGGAGAUGCUGGAGCUGGCGGAGCAGGGGCAGAACUCCAAGGUGGACAAGCUCAUCGGAGACAUUUACGGGAGCGACUACAUGGGCAUCGGUCUGCGGAAGACGGCCGUCGCUGCCACCUUUGGCAACGUGUUUGGGAUCCUAGGCCGGGCCGAGAGGGAGGGCAAGACGCAGCCGGCGGGUGAGGAGUUGUUCAAGGACGCUGAUAUCUGCCGGUCCAUGCUCAUGGCCGUUUUCAACAACAUUGCCAUGCUUUCCUGCAUGCAGUGCGAAAAUUUAGGUCUAUUGACCAUUUGCCUCCAGGGCUCCUAUCUGUGGGAUUCCAACAGGGUUCUGCAGAUCUUGGCCACGUCGAUUGAAUUUUACUCAAAAGCAAAGGCUAAGGCGUACAUGUACACCAAGGAUGGGAAUCUUCGGCCGAUAGAAGGAUACUCUACUUUAGGACAGUAA